GUGGUUUACGACGUGUCGUUUCCCAGCAAACUAAGACGCGGCACGCCGUCUGUGUUGCAAUCCCCACCUUCUUAAUUUGCGCGUCGAAACGUCCCCUAUUUUUUCCACAAUAUACCCCAGAAAUAUAACUAUAAGACCCACCAGAUUCUGCCAAAACCCAUCAAUUUCAAUCCUCAUUCGCAGCAAAUUUCGAAAACCCAGAAAAACCCACUAGCAAAGUCGAAUCAAUAUCCUGUUUUCCAACAAACAAUACAAAAUCAUGAUGAAAGUUCCGAUUUUUGCCCUUGUGAUCUGCCUCCUCUUCGUCGCGUCGAAUGGGUACGGCGGCAUGCUCGGGGGAAGGAAGGAGAUCGAGAACGUGAAGACGAACAAGGAGGUUCAAGAGUUGGGGAGGUUUUCGGUAGAGGAGUACAACAGGCAGAGGGGUACCCAGAAGAUGGACGGCGGCGGAGAGCUUCAGUUCUUGGAGGUGGUGGAGGCGCAGAGCCAGGUGGUUUCCGGGCUCAAGUACUACCUCAAGGUGUCGGCGGUGAGGAAUGGGGUCCACAUGUUGUUCGAUUCGGAGGUGGUGGUGAAGCCGUGGCUCCGUUCCAAGCAAUUGCUCAACUUUGCCCCUCACGGUCGCAAAUGAUUGAUUCGAAUUUGGAUUCAAAAUGCUUGAUCUCGAAUCUGUGUUUUGUUUCUGGGUUUUUGUUUUGUUAUUUGUGUUGGGAAUCUGGGUUGUGUAAAAUAUGGAAUGUGUUCAUGCAGUUGUAUCAAUAAAUGGGGUCCGCUGUGAAUCCGUGAA